AUGUCCGCCCUUCAAGAGCCGAAGCCAGGCCCAGGUCAAGGCCAGGAUUACUCAACAUGGAGUACAUCCAGUCUUGUCGAACGCAUCAUGGAGCUUGAACGUCAGCUCAAUGCUCAGACAAAUGAAUUCGGUGCCGUCCCGCAAACAAUUCCAAAGUCUGCUGAAGCUACAGCUAAGGCUGCAAUUAAGCCUCAAUUUCAGGAUAUCACACCAGUUAGAUCUCCGAGCCCUGAAGGCGCCAAUACGCCAAAGAAACAAUUUCGAGAAAUGGAUCCAUCCAAAUACCAUACUCGCCAUAUUGCGCUCAAAUUUGCCUAUCUAGGUCAACGGUACAACGGAUUCGAGCAUGCGAAUGGAAACACAACUCCCUUGCCUACUAUCGAGGAGGAAAUAUGGAAGGCGCUACGCAAAACACGUUUGAUAUUUCCUACGACGACGUCCCCAAUGGAAUUGAAUCUUGAUAAACAAGAUAGAACGCAGCCGUUUGAUUUGAGUUGGGAUGGCUGUCAAUACUCCAAAUGUGGGCGAACUGAUCGAGGUGUUAGUGCGUUUGGACAGGUUAUUGGUAUCAGGGUUCGAAGUGCUCGGCCUAAGCGGAAGGUCGAGACUGCUACUAGUACGACUGUCACAUCGACUACUGCUGGGGAGACUACUGUACAGCAGGUCGAUGUAGAAGCGUCGAUCGUUGAUUCUACAAAGGACGAUGCUGAACCAAGCCCAGAUGUUGAGACUCAGGAAGUCGACGAAGAUAAUGGCUGGGAUGAUAUUAGGGAUGAGCUACCCUACAUACAAAUAUUAAACGGUGUCCUACCGCAAGAUAUCCGCAUUCUAGCAUGGUGUCCCAACCCAGGCCCCGACUUUGAUGCACGUUUCUCGUGCCGCGAGCGACAGUAUAGAUAUUUCUUCACACAGCCAGCCUUCAACCCUAUACCAGGAGAACUCGGUUUUCGCCGUAGCGCGGCACACCAUCGCGGUAUAGCCAAAAAGGAGCUCAGGGACGGUUGGCUGGAUAUCGAAGCCAUGCGCGAAGCUUGCAAACACUACGUCGGCAGGCAUGAUUUCCGCAAUUUCUGCCGUGUCGAUACGAGCAAACAAAUCGAUAAUUUUGAGCGUAUAAUCUACCGUGCAAGCAUAGAUCUGGUCGACCCUAGCAAGAAUCCUCUCGGUUAUGUUGGGUCAAAGGAAUUCCAACCCACAAGGAAUCCUGUUCACAGUGCCAACGGAAGCAAUGCCAACGAAGAACAACCAUCGACUCCGUUGGUGUACACAUUCACUCUUCACGGAUCGGCAUUUUUGUGGCAUCAGGUGCGCCAUAUGGUUGCGGUCCUUUUCUUGGUCGGUCAAGGUGUUGAAAGUCCGUCCAUCGUUCCUGAGUUGUUGGAUAUUUCGAAAAACCCAUGUAAACCCACCUACGAAAUGGCAUCGGAUGCGCCACUUGUAUUAUGGGACUGCAUCUUUCCAGACGAAGAGAGUGGUAGUAGAGAGGAUUCGUUGAAUUGGGUCUAUUGCGGUGACCCUCGUCAAGGAAAUCCAUCCUCCGGUAAAGGCGACGGUAAAUUUGGCUUUGGCGGCCUCAUGGACACGCUUUGGCAGACUUGGAGGCAGCGUAAGAUCGACGAGAUCCUUGCAGGAUCAUUGCUCGAUUUGGCGGCCGGCCAAGGCAGUCCUAGUUUCAUCCAGAAUGAACUGCCAGCGAAGCCCUUCAAGAGCCAAAAGAUCUUCUUUGGGGGAGAUGAAGGAAAAUUGGGCGGAGUGUAUGUCCCUGUUAUGCAAAAGGGUAGGACGGCAACGGUAGAAGUGCAGAAUGCCAGGUAUCUGGCUAGUCGUGAGCGAAGAGCCGAGAGAUUGAAGCUUGAAGGGAAAGACAAGACAUCCAGUAUACAGGUCUAG